CUAACAUAUGCCAUUCUUUUACAUUCAUCAAAUUUGUGAAUUUUGAGUUCAUUUUCUCUCUCUCUCUCUCUCUCUCUAGCUAUGGCUGAUACAGUAGCUGAAAUUCCAACUAAGAAACCAAGAGGAACCAGAAAGGCUCUCAAAGAGAAAAAACCCUCAUCAACCAAUGAUGCCAACAUCUUAGCUGCGAGCGUUCCCGAUUCGAAGGGAAAACCCAAGGAACAAUCUUUCGAGCAAGAUUUGCUCGACAUGCAGGAAAAGCUACAGCAAUUGCGUCUCGAGAAGGAGAAAACCGAAGAGCUCUUGAAAGCCAAAGACGAGAUCUUGAAACAAAAGGAUCAAGAACUUGAAAAUCGUGGCAAGGAGCAAGAGAAACUUCAGAUUGAGCUUAAGAAAUUGCAGAAAUUGAAGGAAUUCAAACCCACCAUGAAUUUGCCUAUGGUGAAAGACAAGGAACAAGAAAAGAAGGACAAGAAGAAGAGUGGGUGCCCUGAGGUAAAAAGGCCUUCUACACCUUACAUGUUAUGGUGCAAAGAACAAUGGCAAGAGAUUAAGAAGGAGAAUCCAGAGGCAGAAUUUAAGGACAUUACAACUAUGCUUGGUGCUAAAUGGAAGACAGUUAGUGCAGAAGAGAAGAAGCCUUAUGAUGAGAAAUACCAUGCUGAAAAAGAAGCUUAUUUGCAAGUAAUUACAAAGGAAAAACGUGAAACUGAGGCAAUGAAGCUAUUGGAAGAGGAGCAGAAGCAAAAGACUGCUAUGGAAUUGCUUGAACAGUAUAUACAAUUCAAACAAGAGACAGAAAAAGAGGGCAAGAAGAACAAGAAAGAAAAGGAUCCCUUGAAACCAAAGCAUCCUAUGUCAGCUUAUUUCUUGUAUACUAAUGAUAGGAGAGCUGCUAUUCUUGCAGAGAACAAAGGUGUCCUUGAGGUUUCCAAGGUCACAUCUGAAGAGUGGAAAAACAUGACAGAAGAACAAAAGAGACCCUAUGAAGAGAUGGCACAGAAGAACAAGGAGAAAUAUGCUCAAGAAAUGGAGGCUUACAAACAGAAAAAAGAAGAGGAAGCUGCAAAUCUCAUGAAGGAAGAGGAAGAGCAUAUGAAACUUCAGAAACAUGAAGCCUUGCAAUUGCUCAAGAAAAAGGAAAAAACUGAAAACAUGAUCAAGGAAACAAAAUUGAACCGUCAGAAAAAGAAACAUAGUAAGGAAGAUAAGAAUAAUGAUCCAAACAGGCCUAAGAGACCUCCAUCCUCAUAUUUACUAUUCAGCAAAGAAGCAAGGAAAAGUAUACUAGAAGAACGUCCAGGAAUCAGUUCAUGCAAUCUCAGUGCACUUAUUUCUUUGAAGUGGAAGGAUAUGAGUGAGGAAGAAAAACAAGUGUGGAGCGGCAAAGCAUCUGAAGCAAUGGAUGCAUACAAGAAGGAAUCUGAGGAAUACAACAAAUCCAUUGUUGCAAAGUUGGAGCAGAAAACAGAUGAAGAAUAAUGGACAAAAAUUAAUCCCCCUACUAUAUAUAACGUUGGCGUGUUCAAAUAUGUAUUGAACAUGUGUGUUUGUAGUAGUAAUCGUCUUUCUUUAAUUUUUCUAGCUGUAAUAUAUUUCAAGGGGGAAUUACAAUGUUUUGAUUCAGACCAUUUACCAAUUCAAUUGGUUUUGUUGUGUCGUUCC